UUUAGGCGCGCUCCCGCUACCUCCGUGAAAUGUUUAAAUCUGUCACACCCUUAGGAGACAGUCUGAGCCCUUUAUGAACCCGUCCUGUUAAUAAACACCGGAUGAUAACUUUGCACGGGGGAAUUAUCCACAAGUCAUUGCGAUAUCGACUUUACAAACGGGGUAACCAGGUAAAGCAUGGAGAAGUAAAAAAGUCAGGGACGAUGCUUUUACUCUGAAACGAGAGCGGAAGUGUCGUCCCCGUCAGGAAGCCCCAAACACAAGAGGAGGCAACUCAACUUCCAAAGAGGAACUUGUGUCGAGACGGACGAAAUGGAAGACGGCUGCGUUGAACGUUUGGUCCUGAAGCUCCACGAGGUGAGCGGGGUGAAGUUCGGAGAGUACACGCUGAAGAGCGGCCUGCUGACGCCCAUUUACAUCGACCUGAGGGUCCUGGUGUCCCACCCGGCGCUCAUGAACCAGGUUUCUAGUCUCAUCUACCAGCGAGUGCAGGACGAGGGACUACAAUUUGACUCCCUGUGCGGGGUUCCGUACACUGCCCUGCCCUUGGCCACCAUCAUCUGUUCCAGGCACGAACUGCCCAUGCUCAUCAGGCGGAAGGAGGCCAAGGACUAUGGAACCAAGCGCAUGGUGGAGGGCUCAUUUCGACAGGGGGACACGUGUCUGAUCAUUGAGGACACGGUGACCAGCGGCUGCAGCAUCCUGGAGACGGCUGAGGUGCUCUACAAAGAGGGACUGAAGGUGACCGACGCCGUGGUGCUGAUGGACAGGGAGCAAGGCGCCGCGGAGAUGCUGGCGUCUCGGGGAAUCCGGCUCCACUCCCUCGUCUCCAUUUUCAAGCUGCUCGAGGUGCUGCAGGCGGCCGACCGCAUCGACGCCAAGACCGCCCAGAGCGUGAGGACGUUCAUCCUGGAAAACAACAUGUUCAGCCGCAAGGACGAUAAUGGCAACGGUUUCCCGCCCCCCAAGAAGACGUGCGUGCAGAGGAGCGCGGAGCUGAGCUACGCAGACCGAGCCAAACUACCAAACGUCCACCCUAUGGCGUCCCGGCUGCUGACCGCCAUGGAGGAGAAGCAGUCGAACCUCUGCGUGUCCGCCGACGUGACGAGCAGCGAGGAGCUCCUUCGGCUGGCGGACACUCUGGGCCCCGCCAUCUGCGUGCUGAAGACCCACGUGGACAUCCUGCAGGACUACACCGCGGCCUUCGGCCAGAAGCUGCAGGCGCUGGCCGAGAAACACAACUUCCUCGUCUUUGAAGAUCGCAAGUUCGCCGACAUCGGGAACACGGUCAAGCACCAGUACGAAGGUGGGUUGUACCAGAUCUCCUCCUGGUCCCACAUGGUGAACGCCCAUGCGGUGCCGGGUCCCGGGGUUGUGAAGGGCCUGAGUGCAGUCGGGAAGCCUCUGGGCCGAGGCUGCUUGCUCAUAGCACAGAUGAGCUCCCAGGGGUCACUGGCUACCGGUGAAUACACACGGGCUGUGCUGGCGAUGGCGGAGGAGCAGCCCGACUUUGUGAUUGGGUUCAUCUGUGGCUCUAAAAUCACCGAGAGGCCGGAGUUCAUCCACAUGACCCCCGGCGUCCAGAUGCAGGCCGGAGGCGAUGGGUUGGGCCAGCAGUACGCCACCCCGGAGGAAGUCCUUUACGAGAAAGGCUCUGACGUCAUCGUCGUCGGUCGGGGGAUCCUGGAGGCCCCCGAUAGGCUGAAGGCGGCUGAAUCGUACAGGAAGUCGGGCUGGGAGGCCUACACAAAGAGACUGGGCCACAGUGGCCAAUAGGAGGGCGCAGCGUUGCGUCGGGUUUCAGAUUUAAUGAAGACUUCUGCGGCUGACCACUAAGUAUUUUCUCUUUUUAAAGGAACGCGAGUGAUUCACGUGUUCACUUCACUGUUGAAACGCACGUGAACGCAAACCUUUGAUUCCUCGGUAUUGAUGAGCUGCUUCAACUGUGUUCCUCUGAUUCGCCUCGUAUCAAUGACCUGGACCUGAAGUCUGCUCUGGUACAUCCGACCAGGAUUAAACAGAUUUGGGGAAAUGUUUCAGUAUUCCUUACCAUUUAAGAGUUAGAGAUAAAAUGGAUUAUCUUGAAAUGCCAGUCUUUCUGUUUGCUAACUUUGCUAACUGUUUGCUAGCUUCCGGACUCCUAAAAUUCCCCUGGGGAUUUGUUUGUUAACGCAGGAUUGGGAGGAGUUGUUCCCUUCAGAGGGACACCAGCUUCCAGUCAGGAUGAAGCUCUUCGUUUCUGUGUUUGCGUUAAAGCAACCGUUGCAAUAACAGUCUAACUUUGUAACCGUUUUGACUUUUGAGCUUGUAAUUUGGGGAAUAUUCUGCUGUGGUCUCAACCUGAAUCUCAAGCAUCAUGUCAGACACACUUUUUGGUCUUUUCAACUCCCUUAGGUUAUUAAUAAAGUCUGGUUUGGAACAGUUUCCUCUGUCACGUUUCAAUAUGGUGGGGACUUUAUUUUUAGUCUUAAUUCAAAUGUUUUUGUUGUUGUUUUUUUACUUAAAAUGGAAAAUACUGAGGUAAAGAAAUCACUUUCCUAGACCGAUUCAGUCAUGUGACUUGAUCAGGGAUAUCACUUGUUCUUUGUAAGAAGAGACGAGUUGUUUUAAGACACGAGGGCAGUUCCUGUCAGUUUGGGGUUCCUCCCUUCAGAAGCAAACCUUUUUAUUUACAGUGUCACCGGGAGCCAUAACUGUUACUAAUAGAGCUACAUCAAUCAUUCAUUACCUUAUCACUUGGUUGAAUGGAUGUAAAGUUAAUCUGAUUUUUUUUUUUUCCCUCCGUCUGCAUUAAUAAAGACAUGUCAUGUGUUUCGGGGAGCUGAGACUUGAUACUUGUUUCGAUAAAUGUUACAAUAAAAAAAAACUUACUUACUUUUCA